AGAAAAACCAAACUUUUGUUUUGAAUACGACACCAUGUCGCAGAGGGGUUUAUGGGGUUGGGUGCAUGAAGUGGGGAAGUCCUGUGGCUUUGCCCCGCAGUCGCAGACCACACCCAUGUGGGUUCGAGCCCAGCCAGACCUCUUUCCAAAUGAGGUACCUGGCAUGAGCGAGGAACUGCUGCAACGAGUAAGCUCGCCUGGUGGUAGUUUGGAGGAAAAACUUGAAGAAGUGAUCAAUGUCUUCCAAAGUGGCGCGCGACAUCUCGAGAGCUUGCAGCAGGUGCUAAGGCGACGAGCUUUGGAAAAACGUCAAAAGGAUUGCAAAGAGCUGCCCCCAGAAGUGGAAGAGGUCAUCGCCGAAGGCACGUACUUGGAAUCCUUUCUGGAGGCCUUUGAUGGGCAGAGCUUCCUCCUCCACAGCGAAGAGAUUGCUCCAAGCCACGAGUACCGGCUCGCGCUGGAGGUGAACUCUGGUGGAGCCUACUGGAAAAGCAUUCCAGUCGAGGAAGGGGCUGCAGUUCGGCACAAUGUUGAGACAGUCACGGCUUCCUCCCCAGCAGAGGGUUCCAUGAGUAUCAUUUCCCAGUUUGGUGCUGCGCAGAGAGGAGCCGUCUUUGUGUGGCGUUGGCAGCACAUCUUGGAUGCGGGUCCUUACAAACUACCUGACUGGCUGGAGAAGGCUUUAACUCUGGAAGGUCACGAUCCGCUGCGAAAGCUGCAGACGGAAUUAGAAGCUGUGCUUCGCUGGGAGCAUCAGGUGCAGCUGGAGACGUGUAAAUACGUCAAACAGAACAAUGAGAUCAAGGACAUGUACAUUCGCGAGGUUUUGCGUCUUUGGCCAUCGGAAAUCGAUCACCAAGGGGUGGAAGCCUGCAAGAAAUGUGCUUGGGUGGAAGGGCUUGAUGCCAACCUCUUCACCGGGCGGAAUGUCCUCGUGAAGAAAGUGCCGUACGAUGCCGACCACACCUACGUGUUGCACUGCAACAUUGCUCGACGUCAAGUGGGUGAUGCAGACAAGGAACAGCAGGGGCCGCCAUACAGGUUGACCACAUCCUGGCAGUGGUUCCAGGACUCGACCGAAAAGGCGGAGCCUUCCUUUAAUGGCGUGCAAAGUAUAAGUCUGGCUGCUGUACCAGAAACUGCCAGCCCAGGUGCGGGUGCGUCUCGCCCAGACAUUUCGCGCACAAGCGUUCCGGUCAUGGAGUCAUGUUCGGAGAUGAGACCCAGCACUGCUGGUGCUUUGCUGCCAAGCAUGACCCCGUACUCAGAGCUUCCUCGGCCGGGCAGUGCCAACAGCGUGCCAGGUGUUGCGUAUGCGACCUUUGGGCUGCCUACUGGACAGUCAGGAUACCCAAGCCUGGCGGGUGGGUAUCCCUACGCGGUGGCUGCGGCCAAGUCUAUGCCGUAUCCAGCCUCGUCUCGAAUGCAGAUGCGAUCUGGGCCAAUGCCGCUGCCAACCCCAAUGGCAGGUCAUGUGAGCCCAGGUGUUGCCGCCUCUCCAACGCUUGCCUUCCCGUGUGCUGCGACCCCAGUUGGAACGCGGUGAGGCCCGACAUUCAAUGCGCAUGAAUCUAAGAGCAUGAGCCUCUCACGGCUGAAAGUGUCACUUCUGUACAGCAAAGCCAUGCUUGACAUCAACGCUUGGCAAAGCUUGGCGUUUUGGAGAAGCCCGGUGCUUCAACAGCCCGGCUAGGUAGUGCGAAGAAUUGCAUUCAAUAUGCUUUUAAGCUCCUAGGAGCAAGGACGC